GCCAGAGAGUGAGCUGUCUGACAGAACAUGCAUAUCGAAGCCACAGUAGAUCUUCCCAUUUCUGCUAGUCUGUUCUGGACGAUACGGAAUAGAGAAGACUAUCUUGCCAUCGAAUGCAAGUACCUUAAAAAUGCGUCAAAAGUAUGCACUUCAGAGGAUCGUGAUACGGACGGUAGGGUAACUGCUCAGCAUCUAGCAACUAAACCUGACCUAUCCAUCGUACCACCGUUUCUACUAAAGAUGCUCCCGGGUGAUGACGGCUUAGUGUUUUAUGAUGAUCUCGAAUUCUGCUUCGAUGAUGAAACAACACCCUACGCGUUUAUAGCACGUACAACACCGUCGGUUUUUAACGAGAAAGCGAAGAUUAAAGGUUAUGUGAGGGUCAUUCCCUCGGCGGACGGAUUAAGCUGCACGCAGUCAGUGAGCAUGGACGCCAAGGUAUCGCAGUGGGGUGUAGGCGGCAUAGUAGAGACGUUAGUUGCCAAAGGCAUACAAGAUGCGUAUCAUAUCAUGCCUGACAUGGUCAGGGAGUGGCAAAAGACGCAGGCGCAAAUAGAAACAGAAACACCAGAAACCUCACCACAACCAGCAGCCAAGCGAGCCAAAUCAGAAGUGCGUAUGAGGAUCCCCAAACCAGCCACCUUGACAGAAAGACGCAAAGCUACAAGUAUUGUACUGGACGAUAUAGGGCUGCACUAUUCCACCGACCUCCUACACUUUGCCAAACCAGUACUGGAUGCAGUACCGUCUAGUAGACCCGUGUCACCUUCGCCAUCGAAUACGUUGGUCGAGGGGGAUGAGCUCAAGGAUACACACUUUCCAAGGCACAAGAACAUCCCAAGUGACUUUCUUUCUAGUAGUACUAUUAUGAGCGAAAGAAAUGUAGUACCUUCUAUGCACAAGUUGGAUGACGCGGAGCAGGGCUACCUCGGCAACUAUAGUUUUAUAUUUCAAAGUACAACACUAGUACCAGUAAAUGACAUGACUGACGGGGAUAAUUCGGCAGUAAGAUCAACCGAAGUGCAACGUGUACACAGUGGUCGCUCAACAAUUACUGGUCCAUUGAUAGUGAUAUGCCGAAUUUAUAUCUUGUAUUACUUGUUCAGUAUUGGACAAAUGUUAGGAAUCGGCAAUUGAAGUAUCUACGAUAAUGUGUAUAUACCUUAGCACUCGUUUGAAAAUGGUCUUUGUUUAGUACUGUACAGAAUAUCCGAUUAUUUUGAAGCAUACCAUUACUGCAAAUAUUAAAAGACGAAAAUUUCGGUAAACGAGAUAUGCAUAUUUAUCGCCU